AUGAGUGAUUCAGCGACAUGCUCGAAAUCAUAUCAAGAAUUCGUUAAAUUUGGCAAAUUCUUCACAACACGUUUGGUUCAAGCACUUGUUCAGUCACGUCUUGGUCAGCUGAUAGUACAGUCAUGUAGUGUAUCACCGGAUCCUACGGAUUGGUUCAGUGUGCGAAUUGAUGAAUUAGGUGAAGUAGCUGCACAGUUACGUACAAGCGUCACAAAAUAUCCUCCAAACACAAAUUGUUUCACUUUGGAUUUUCUGCUUCAUACUGCUGAUGGCGAUGUUCUACCUUUGGAGUCCUGGUGUGUCCGAUAUGAAUCACAAUUGACUGAUGGAAAUGUCAAUGUAAGGACCGAAUUAUACCACCAGUUAGGAACACUUUUGAAAUCAGCAAUUGUUGCAUCACGAAUGACUCCAGCCUACCGAUAUUAUGUUCGCAAACAGAGCCCUGAUACUUUCAUUAUUAUGUACAGAGUUUACGAAAAAGAACCAGAAAUGGAUUUGGGUGAAGAGCAUAAAAAAGUUCGUAUUGGUCUAGUAACAUCUCCAUUUGGUGGUUUUUCUGUUGACCUGCUUUAUCGUACAAAGAUGGAAAUUGACCGUACAACAACACAGGAAGUAAAUGUAAGUGCCGCAGCUGCAUUGGAGAAUGUGAACACCAAUGAACAUCAAUCCAAAAUAGAUAUAGAUGUCCCAAUGUUAAUACCGUUCGGUCCUGUUUCUGUUCACUCUACCGAAGUUAAACCGGAAAAGAUUGAUGAAUUAAUGUCAGAAACUCCUUCACGACGUGUACGUUUCCAUUUGGGUCAUUCGCGAUCCUCUUCAGAUGAUGCUUGCUGUCGUGGUGAUGUGUGCAGUGAUGAACAAAUCUUUGGUCUAGACACAAGCAACAGUCAGCCAUAUAGUUCCAGUUUGCCACAUCGAUUAGCUUCGGUGAAAAACCGAUCAAGGACACAUUCAUUUCCAUUUUCAACUCUGCUUACUACAGUUGCGAAUGAUUCAAUUCCAGGUGAAGGACUUUUAGGAUCACUAGAAGACAGUGACAAGAUAACACCAACUUCUUCUCCUGUUCGUUCUCCAUCAUCACCACCUACUCUUGUGGCUUCGACGUGUUCUGCAACAAUUAUACCUAACCAUAUGCACCAGUGUGCUACUGUUCCUUCUGGGGUAAAUUUAAUGAAUAAGGGAACAAACGAAAAACAGGAAGGUGAUUCUGAAGAAACGGAAGUGCAAAGCGAUGAUGAUGAUGACGAUUUAACAAGUAGCGACGGUAGUUAUGUCAAGGUGGCAUUUGGAAGUAGUGAAAGUUUAGCAGAUGGGUUAGGUGAGUUCAUGAAACAAUGUAGAUCGGCUCCAACUCAUCUUUCAUUUCAAAUCGACAGUACGUCUGUCAUUCCUGAACUGCUGGCACAAUUUGAAAACAAUCAGAAAAUUUUCGACAAUUUUUUAGAAGAAAUCAAAAGAAAAGCAGACAAUGAGGAAGACUGA